AUGGCGAUUGAUGACUUUGCUAUCGAGCUAAAGUCAUAUCAGGAGACUGAGGUGGAAGCGGAUCAAACUAUAGAUACUGUUGAUUUAUCAAUAACUGAUCCGGAACCCACGGAAACAACUUCGGGGAGUCCUUCGAUCUCCGAUGCCGGAAGUGGAGUUCCUCAUGAGCAAAUUUCUCCGGAUCGACUGGAUCACAUGGAUGAGGAUGACGAUGUGGUUCCAUCUUUCCCGCUUGAAGAACUGGAUCGGCUCGACGAUAUGAUCGCGAGGAUUCGUUGGGUUGUUCCAGUUCUUCCUCGCGGUGAAUUAGAAGUUCUCCUUCUCGCCUGCAUUGACUUGGCGAAACGAGGUGUUGACCACAAGUGUGAACCGUGUCAAAAGUUCAUUAGAGAAGGGCUUACCCUGUCUUUUCAAAGAAUUUUAACUGACGAAGCUGUCAGUGGAUGGAAGUACGACAUUCACAGGGCCAUCCAAAGAAAUUGCGAACGCCUCGUGGAUCUAUGUGUCGUGAAAGUAGUGCACGAUAGCUAUCCACUACUGGAUUUACUUGCCAUGGUAUUCAAUCCGUCAACGAAGUUCCAGUUGGUGAAUAGUUCGCGGACUUCAGAAACACUUAAUGCUAGCACUCAGGGAGGAAAUCAAAGCAUUCAAGCCCUUCAAGAUUUGGAUAAUUUUUACGCAUUACCUCCGGAUUUGCGGACUCCGCGUGGGUGGCUUGUCGAUAUAAUCAACCGCUUCGGGGCAAAAGGAGGAUUCCAGGCUUUAACGCUGCGUUUCAACCGUGAAGACAAUCUUAGUGUGCCGUUGAUAUUUGCCCUGUUGCGACCAUUUGGCCUUGCUAGUGAAUUUUUGACACCCAAUACUAUUCGGAGGUUCUUCAUGCCGCUUGUCGAACGUAUCCCUACUUAUUUGGAGAACCUCACUGAUGAUGAGCUGAAGAAAGAAGCCAAGCUCAAUGUUGAUAUAAAAAAUGAUGCCUUGUCAAGUAUCGUGAAAUGGCUUCGGGCAUUUGUUCUUCGUCUGCCACCAUAUCCCGAGCAAGAAGAAACAGCAAAAAAUCUGGAAAUUUUUAGGCUAAAAAUGAUCCUGCGUUUGCUGGAAAUUUCGUCUUUUAACGGAAAGAUGAACGCACUGAACGAGCUGAACAAGGCAAUUGCUAGUAUUUCAUACACGCAUUCGCGGCACAGCGUAGACGACGACGAAUGGCUCACCACUGAGCGGAUGGCUAGGUGGAUUGAAGAAAACCGCGUACUUCAGAUAAUUCUGCGUGACUCGCUACAUCAGCCGCAGUACGUCGAAAAGCUGGAGAAAAUCAUCAGAUUCUCAAUCAAGGAGAAAGCCAUGACCACGGAUGACCUAGACACGAUCUGGGCAGCACAGAUCGGAAAACAUGAAGCUAUUGUCAAAAAUGUUCAUGAUCUGCUUGCGAAGCUUGCGUGGGACUUCUCUCCUGAGCAGCUCGACCACCUUUUUGAAUGCUUUCAGGCGAGCUGGAGCCACGCGAACCAAAAGCAACGUGAAAAGCUCCUGGAAUUGAUACGUCGUUUAGCGGAAGAUGACAAAGAAGGCGUGAUGGCAACGAAGGUCCUUAGUUUGUUGUGGAACUUGGCACAUUCUGAAGACCUGCCUACUGAAAUAAUGGAUCAAGCACUUCAAGCGCACCGUGCCAUUUUAGAUUACUCAUGUUCUCAAGAUCGUGAUUCGCAAAAAACAGUCUGGCUUGAGCGCUGCGUGGCAGAAGUCAAGGAAGGACGUUGGGUGAUACCAACUCUGAAGCAGAUCCGCGAAAUUUGUCGCUUAUACGAAGAAUCUUUCACUCACACGGCGAAUUAUGGCUCUGUCAACUCUGGUUCUGCCGGUAUGGGACCUCAUCAUCACAUUCAAGGAGGAAGCAGCGGAUUGUACCCGGGUCAGCAUUCAUCCAAGGGGCCCCAGUCAGCGCCAAGACACGAGGUCAUCACGCAUUUACAUAAUUCUCACUCGCUGGUUGUUGAGGUUGCAAAUAACUUGGAAAAGUACAUGUCAGAGGCCAGAGAAUAUCUGAAAGGCGAGUCUCGAGAAGGUCAGCUUUGGCUGGCUGAGCCGCAAGCACAGAAGAUUUGGAGGUGCUUGGCACAGGAAGGUAUUUUCAGCAGCGACAGAGAAGCUUGUUUCAAGUGGUUCUCGAAGCUAAUGGGAGACGAACCCGAUCUGGACCCGGAGAUCAAUCGAAGCUUCUUCGAAACUGUCAUCCUUCAGUUUGAUCCCACGUUGCUUACCGAAAGUGGCAUGAAAUGUUUCGAGCGAUUUUUCAAGUCCGUGAAUGCCAAAGAACAGAAGUUGAUCCUCAAGCGACGGAAUUAUCAGAUGAAUGAUUAUGAUUUGAUCGGAAUGGAUUAUAUUUGGCGGGUAAUUCAUAACAGUGGGGAAGAAAUCGCCAACCGUGCAAUCGAACUUCUUCGGGAAAUUCACACUAAUCUAGGGCCAAAACUUCAGGCUCAGCAAGUCCAGCUUCAUGAGGAUUUCAUCACGUCCUGCAUGGAUAGGUUACGUGCAUUAUACGACACCAUUUCUAUACUGAUGACGUCUGACAAAGAUCAUGAAAGUGAUGUCGCUUCGAAGGAGAAGCUUACCAUGGAAGUUGUUCGUGUAUGCCGUGUUCUCAAAGUGCUCUACGAGUACAUCGUCCACUGUGAUUACGAUUACCCUGUGGAUCGGGUUUUCUUGCCUCUGGCUAGAGCGUAUCGAGGUAAAGCGGUCACGCUGACGACACGUUUCCAGAGUCAAAGUCGUGGAACGGAGGAUAUUGAAAUCUGGUCGCACACCAACGAUUCCUUGGGAUCCGUGAGGCGACAGAUAAUCUCUCGUCUGAAAGCUCAGCCCGCCCAUACCAGGGUCGAACUUUACCUGGGUGGCGAAAUCUUAGAACGAACGGACGACAGGAAGCUGAUUUCUCAAAUUCCUAUCCGGGAUAAAGCCCAUUUAACUGGGAAAAUCGUAUCCGCCAUGCCGUCAUCACCGGAUAGCUCUUCGGACAGUUCUGGAGCCGGUGGUGCUGGAAGUCCGCAACACAGCGUUUCAGGCGUUGUUCCCGGUGAAAUGGAGCCGAAUUUGUCCGCCGAAAAGGCUUUGCCUGGUUAUCGUAUGAGCCAGAAACGAGAAUGGACCGAAUUUCUUUUCAAACUUUGGGAUCUUGGCGCGGCCUUGGGCAAUUCCGUUUUAAGGAAUUCAGCCUGUGGCGUUUUGCGAUUGAUUCCCCCGGAUGAGUCCAUUAAGGAAGAGCUUGUGACGGCUUGUGCUGAAAUCGCCGCGAAGAAAGAAGCGAGAAGUAACGUCAUCAGUGGAGGGCAUGAGUCGCUUGAAGAAUUUUACUUUGGAAGAUCCCCGAGCCAAGUCCUUUACUAUUUGGAGGUAACUUACGCACUCCUGAUUCCUGCCGCUAUCAUGUUGAGACCAGUGACAGAACUAGCAGAGAAGUUCCAGCGUGACUUCGUGAGGGCUGGUGGAGUUUCGGUCAUUUGCCGGCUGUUGACCGACCCGAACUUCAUGGUGGAGGCGAAUUAUGAGGUCGACGGAUCUGCAUUGAAGGCAGCUUUCCAGACAGUGACGAGACUCGCAAAAUUGUUGUUCACGACCGUCGUUCACGGCCUGCUUUCCCUGAAAUUGCCACUAGAGGAAACGCGUUCCCCUCGGAAGAUGGAGAAGCUUCGCCAAGCGCUGUCUUUCAUUCCCAACCCGACAUACGAUGUUUUCAUUCGACAGGUUGCCCGGGAGCUCGGGGAACAAAUGCCGGUUGAAACUUCGCGGGUGAUCCCUGACGAGAAGGUUGUGUAUGCCUUGAUCAAGUUAUCAUGGUGUGCUGCUUACGGGCGUGUGGAGUGCUUUAAAACGGCGACUGCUGAGACGAUGAAAAAUUUCCAGCGGGAAUACCAGUUGAGAGUCACGGAGGCGGUCGAGUUGCAGCGUGAUCAAGUCGACGACGAUGAUCAAGGACAGCAUAAUAGCUUUGAUUCUUUAAGCUCACGGGCACCUGUGAUUGUCGGCGCCGACCAAGAUGAUCUGUACUUAUGCCGAGAGGCACUGGAAACACUGACUGUUGCAUUGGCUGUGUGUCCUGAAAACCUGGAUAAGCUCAUCUACGAAAACGAAAUAUGGCCGAGCUUUGUGAUCGACAUGUUGCUUUUGGCCCCGAUGAAGUUUGUCCGGAUCGCUGUAGCCGAACAAAUGUCGUUAAUGGCGAUGAGAUGUUGUUCUGAGGAUGCUCUGGUGAAAUUCAUUCAGCCAACGCUGUUCUCCGUUCUACACACAUCAACGGUUACGCAUCAUGAUGGCAUUUCACAUGAGUACUUCAACGCAAUUGCCAAGCUUAUUACGGAUAUGUUCUACUCCGAGAACUCGUCCCCGAACGAAAUCAAUGACUGGGAAUUCGCCUUACCUGUUGGACCCAGGUCUUCGAAGGGUUUCGUUGGUCUAAAAAAUGCCGGAGCGACGUGUUACAUGAAUUCGGUUAUGCAACAGUUGUUUAUGGUCGAGCCCGUUCGUCAGGGUAUUUUGAGUGCCGAGGGGGCCAUAGUCGAUCCCGAUGAAGAUUUCUCCGGCGAAGACAUGCGCUCCGAUUCCAUCGGGCCUGUUGUUUCUCUGGAAAGUCCUCAAGUGUCCGAGGAUCUGCAAUCGCCACAUCGAGGACAGAAUCAAAUGACUGAGUAUAACAUCGGAAUUUUGAAGCAAAUACAGGCGAUCUUUGGCCAUCUUGCCGCAUCUCGACUACAGUAUUACAUUCCGCGUGGACUCUGGAAGCAGUUCAGAAUAAAUGGCGAGCCUGUAAAUUUACGAGAGCAGCACGACGCUGUUGAGUUUUACAACUCCCUCGUUGAGUCUCUGGACGAAGCAUUGAAAACUCUCGGUCACGAACAAGUCAUGUCCCGUGUUCUGGGUGGUUCCUACGCGGACCAGAUCAUCUGUCGUGGGUGUCCCCACCGUUAUUCCCGAGAAGCCGGGUUCACGGUUCUCAUCAUCGACAUUCGGAACCAUAGUAAUAUCUACGACUCGCUCGAGAACUACGUGAAAGGUGAGCUGUUGGAAGGAGCCAAUGCGUAUUAUUGCGAAAAGUGCGACAAGAAGGUGGAUACCGUGAAGCGGAUGUGCAUUAAGAAGUUGCCACGAGUCCUGACUAUUCAGCUGAAGCGGUUUGAUUACGAUUGGGAGCGUGAGUCGCCGGUUAAAUUCAACGACUACUUCGAGUUCUCUCGGGAAUUGGACAUGGAACCCUAUACUGUGAGAGGUUUGGCCAAGUUGGAUGGCGACGUGAUGCAAGACGAGGAUGACUUAAUCGAGGAGACGGAAGGAGGAGGAGACCGUAGAGCUUCAUCAGAUACCAGUCGAUACAAGUUAACGGGCAUUGUUGUUCAUAGUGGGCAGGCAUCAGGCGGACACUACUAUUCUUACAUCUUGCAUGGAUCGAAUCCUGCGGCAGCCAAAUGGCACCAACAGCUCAACUUGCAUAACCUUCAGUAUCAGUCGCAUUAUCAAAGCGUAGCCGGCCGACAUUUUUCUGAAUCCGGUCUCGGCGAUGACAUGGAUUCCAUUUGCCGCCCUUUCUCUGAUAUGACUCUGAAUGAAUGUUCUCCUGGUUUCCCUAAAAUGCCUGCGCCGAUUGAGCGGAGCGUGAAGUUGGCCAACAUGCGAUUCGCCCACAAUUUGAACCAGUUUCAACCGGAAUAUUUUGUUUUCAUGAAGCGUCUGUUGUCGUGCAAUUUGUACGUGCCAAUUUCAAUGCCUCAGAAUCAAGUUGGGCAUGAGGGAAUGCCUCUCGUUUCCUUCAUUAAGAGGAUUGCAAAACCGGACGAAAUGGAGGAAGCCAUGUUGACGACGACUGUACUCGGAUGUAAAUUCCUCAUCCGAGUUGGCUUUCGAACGAAGAAGUCCACUCGUGGGAACGCGAAUGACUGGCAAGAUAUUCUGAGCACUGCCCUGAAGCAUUCCCGGCGCGCUCGCGAAUUCCUUGCCUACAACGUGUUGCUUUCGCCGAUGUUAACCCGGAAGGCCGUGAUGUGCGAAUUCCUGUUGGAAUGCUCGACGCAAGAAGUGCGUUCAGCAUUCGGCAAACUCAUCGCCGCUCUCGCUCACGCCUGCCUCGUGAUCGACGGCUCUCAGGUGAUCCACAUAGCGAAAAAACCGAUCGAAAGUUCGUCUAGUGAAAUUGGCUCCCCGGAAGACUUUGCUGCAGUCCCGCUGACCGGCGAGAUGACCAACACGUUCCUUCUCAAAGCCUGUCUCAGCAUGUUGGACAAGGAGGUUCCGGAACACGGACGUAAUCUGAGCCAGUAUUUCGGGCUAUUCCAUCAUUACGCAAUGCUUGGAACGAAGGAUAAGCUCCAGCUCUUGAAGUUGGACGUGCCGCGUCUGUUUAUGCAAAUUGCAACGGAUGAGGGUCCUGGUCAACCGAUAAAGUAUCAAUUUGCGGAUCUGGGGAAAUUGUUUUCGACGGUAUCGCUUCUUGUGCGCUCCUGUGAUGUCUCCUCUCAUUGCCAGAGCGCCCCUAAUUCAAAGACUGUCAAGCCGUUGGACAAUGAGUAUGCCGAAGGCGAGCCUGUGAUGCAAGUGCCUCCUAGCAUUGUCGAACUGUUGUAUAGCAAGCAGCAGUAUGUGAAGAAGAUCAUUGAGGAUGCUCACGCAUCCGACGAUACGUUGCGGUUACUGCAGUUCGCGAGCUGGGAAAAUGCUAGUUUUUCUUCCCUCGUGCUCGGUGAACUGUUGUGGCAGAUCGCGUAUUCGUACAGCUGCGAAUUGCGUCCGUUCCUAGACUUAUUGUUCGCCAUGUUGACCAUAAAGGACACGUGGCAAACUCAUAGGAUCCAUAACGUGCUGAAAGGCGUUGGUGAGGAGAGAGAAGGGCUCUUGGAUACUAUCCAGCGGUCCCAGUCGCACUUUCAAAAGAGAGCGUACAUGUGCAUCAAGUGGUUGGUGUCGUUGUUUGAAAAGUGUACGAUAGCUUUCGAGAUGCUGAAUUCUGUCGGAGAUUUCAAGCGAAAGUGGAACUCGGUCAUCAACUGGCUUCAUAAGGAGCUGGAAGGGCGGCCACCUUAUGCAGGCGGUCAGUAUUCGUACGCAGCUUGGUCACCACCGGCACAGUCGAACGAAACCUCAACGGCUUACUACGUUGAACGAUCUGCAUCUGCGAGAUUGCUGCUUGAAAAGGCGAUGACGCUCUGCCCCGAGGACGAACCCGAUACCGAGGAACAAAGUGAAGAACCGGCGAGUGACACUCCAUUGAUCGGCGGUGCCCCGGCGGAAGACGAGGAAGACGUGGAAGAAGAAGAAGAGGACGAGCGUCGCCCUCAGUUUUCCUUCACGGUCAUCACCUCGAAGAAGGAAAGACUUACCCCGGCGCUCUUCAAGGAACAAAAACAUUUCAACUACUCCUUGACGGAUUCGACACCGUUGCCGUCGACGUUGCCACACUCGGCCGUGCUUUCGCCCGUCCUUCCCUUCAAUAAUAACAACAACAAUGCCGACAACAACAACGCGCCUGCUCGGUUCUCGCAGACAGGCAGAGGAGAAGAACUGGUAGAAACUGAUAGACCAGAAGUUAGGAACAUCCCCAUCAAUGUGGAAAGUCCGGACGGGUCGAAGUGGUUGAUGAAAGGAGUGCUGUUUACGGACCCUCCGCCAUCGCCCACAGAACAGGAGCCCCCGAAUAAAUGACGGGCUGAGUGACAGACUUGUCUGCUUGACUUUUGUGGAUUUUAGUGCUUAAUCCACUGCAUACUCGGCUCUCGCGUUGCGCCAUGAUCCCAGCUCUUCGUUUCGGAUUCCCCCCCGUAUGUUCCCGUACAGAAAUCCCGAUCCUCGUUUAUUAUUAUUUUGUUUUUUUCUCAUGAAGAAAAUGUUCCGGAAGUCGUCUGGGGAUAUUGCAUGUGGCACUUGUGCUUUUUUUUAAAGGUUCUCUUGCCUCUUCAACACCCGCACGGGCAGGUUUAUUUCGCGUUUGGGCUCGUUUUCUACUCGCCUUGAAAUACUUCCCAGCUGUAUAAAAUGCUUUCUGAACUUAUUUUUCCGAAUUAGAAUCGAAAGUGGCAACGCAAGCGCCUUUUUCUAAUUCCGGAAAAGUUACGUGAAGCCGAUUUUUUCGUAUACGAGAUGCGUUUAAAUGUACGAGUGGUUCGAACUUGAAAAUAUUAUGAUCAUUUAGAUUUCAUUCACGCGAGUUUGUUACUGUGAUUUUUGCGAAAUCCCGCGCGGGUGUUGAGAGUGAGAGAACCCAAGUUUAAGCUGGAGAUUCUGAGCAGCCGCCGGGUGACUAUAAUGUGUUCGGCUUUCGUGCUAGUCUCCUUGCCCUUGGUUUUCAAGAAUUCAAACUUUUUUUCACUCCGCCGUGAAUUUAGGGGCAAAACCUGUUCGAGAAGAGUGUCAAGACUUUCGAGAAGGGAAAUACGAUAAAUGGAGCGCUAAUCAAUGCGCGUUCCUUUGCCCGAAUAUUAUUUUAUGGUGAGGGAUUUUAUCGCGAGCUGGAGGUCGAAUCUGGGGGAUUCUGCUGCUGUGAGCUUUAGCUGCUAUUCAGGAAGGAAAAAAAAAAACUCGAAUCCCCGUCGCUGGGAUUUGCAAAUGCUGUUGAAAGGGAAAAAAGAACCCCGGGAUUCGAAUCCAACUAUUUUUUCGUGGCGGGCGUCUGAAACGGCGGAAGGGUUCCUAGCUGAGAGAAAAGUUUGAAUACGACUGCGUAUUGUGGACAAUGGGGUCGUUUAUUGAUACAAUUGUCUGUGGUAGGGAUUAACGUGUGUGUCCCUGAUGAAAUCCACAUGAUAGGGCAUCACUAUGAUAUUUUUUGGUUUCUAUGCACGCACGUCACGGUAUACUUCCGUUUUUUUUCCUCCGUAAUUAUUUAUGUACUCGGUCAACUUUCAAAACUGAUUCAUUCCGCCAAAAUGACGCGUCCCGAUGACGACUCGGAGAAACGAUUUUCUCGCUUAUCCUGAAGUACCAGUUCGGUAUUUAUUCACUGUUAUUAAAAUCCCUUGUAUAUCUCCAGCAACUCCUGCAAUUUCCAACUAGCGUGGAUUUUUUAAAGAAUAAAUUCCAGUCGAUGUUUCCUCGUCCUAUUAUUGUACAUAGAUGUUCCCUGAAUUCUGGUUAGGCAUCGACUUUGGUAAAGUUAACAUGAAAGGAUUGGAGCGACACCUACCUAGCGUUCGACAAGUUCAGCUUGAAAAGGCAGUACAUUCUCACGCGUCACUAAAAUCCUGUGAUUUUUUUACGAGGAUCAAGAGCAUGAAGAAUGUGAAAUUUUAAAAUGUAUUUAAUAGUGAUAAGAAUGCUAUGAAUCAGUUGGGACGCUUUCUUUGAGUCGUGCAUCGGGAUGUGUUCAGUUUUGACGAAAAUUGAGUCAUUGACGAGUAUGACCCAUGUGAGCGGGACGAAAGCAGCGAGGAUGUGUGAAAGAUUUUUUCACGGGCAACGUGAUGGAGCUUCUCCGUAGACCAGGAGAAGGGUGAUGUUUCCAUUCGCUCCCUGUUUUUUUUUAUUUAUCUCGCGCUUAGAAUGAAAGUUUGUGCAAUUGGCUUUGAGAAUCGAACUUUUUUGCUCUAUUUUCCAUCCGAUGAUGAUGAUGAAAGGACGAGUGCGAGUUGCGUUGUAGUUUUUAUUUUGUUGGAACGGCUUUUCCGCUUCCCGUUGCUAGUGACUGGUUACGCGAAGAAUGCGCAUGGGGGGAAUUUUUUUGUUAUAUGGAGGAAAGCUUUCGUGUUGAUGGUGUGCUUGUUGCUGGGCGGCGAGGCGCCCGCAAUUUUUUUUCGGUGUCGGAGGCGAGUGAUCAUGGAUCGGAGGGUAUCGAAUGUUUAGUGGCGGUGCGGCGGCCGGGGAUUGGAUUUGAAACAUGGUUCACGAUCUGUCGCAAAAAAAGUAAUUGCCUUUUGCCUCCUUGAA